CCGCUCUUCUCUCCCCUUAUAAUCCUCCACUUGCUCCCUUUUCUCCACCGGCAUCUGUUCACACCUGAUCCAAUCCCUUCCCUUCCCUUUCAAAUGUUUUCAAAUUGCUUUAUUUAAGCCAGCCCCAUUCUCUUCUUGGGAAAGAAAAGCUUUGUCGUUUCGUCUCUCCGUUUUUCUUUCUUUUGGGAAACAAGGAAAAGAUUCAAUCUUUGCUUGCUAAAAGUAGAAUUUGCAUGGUCUCCCCCUCCCAUUUCGAGAUCAGAUGAUGAUGGCUUAAGUAUUUUUUUGGGAUUCUUGUCUUCUUUCUUUGAAUUGAAGCUUAAAAUUAAACAAGGCCAUGGCGCCAGAAAACAACUGGUUGUCGUUCGCUGUUUCAUCGGCGGAGAUGAUGAACUCGUCGUCUUCGCAGCCGCCGCCUGCCGCCACCUUCGCUCCUUCCGAUUCUCACCAUUAUUACUUCGCAGAUCAUUUCUACACCAACGGUUGGGCGAACCCGAAACCUGAAAUGAUGUAUUCGCCUGAAAAUAGGGAAAGAGAAGUUGCCGGGUUGAGUCUAAACGGAGAGCCGUCGGGUUUUCACGGCUUUAUGGGGUCGCAAAUCCACCACCCGCCGCCGCUGGAGGAUUUUCUGGGCGGGUGCGGCGACUCGGCGUUGGUCCGCUACUCCGAAAGCCAGACGGAGACCCAGGAUUCGUCUUCGCUGACACACAUCUACGAGCACGGCGGCCGCGGUUGUGCGGAAGCGUACUUUAACGAGCAGCAAGAUCUGAAGACGAUAGCUGGGUUUCAGGCGUUCUCGACGAACUCGGAGUCGGACGUGGACGACUCGGCCUCGGUCGGGCGGUCCCAGCAGGUGAUGAACGGCGGCGAGUCAGUGAACGGCGGUUUGGGGUACUCGCAGUGCCAGACGGGAGCGUUAUCUCUGGCGGUGAAUCCCCUGGGCUCCGAUAACGCCGGGGCCAUUGUUGCCGUGGAUUCCGAGGGCUGCAAGAAAAUCACGGACACGUUCGGGCAGAGAACAUCCAUAUACAGAGGAGUUACAAGGCAUAGAUGGACAGGAAGGUACGAAGCGCAUCUAUGGGAUAACAGCUGUAGAAGGGAGGGUCAAGCCAGAAAAGGCCGUCAAGGUACAUACCAUCAUCUAUCUAACCACGUACAAUGAGUGUCAUUUUACUUGCCAUCCAAUUCAAAUUAAUGUUAUUAACUGCUCAUGUAAUUUAAGCUCAAAAUUACAUGAAAUGCGACCGGUAGCAAGUAAAUAAAGCGGAGUAUUUUAGAUACACAGCGUGUUGAUAGAUGGAUGGUAAUGGUUAUUUUUCCACCCGAAGAACCUUAUCAACUCAAAUUUGACUCUCUUUUGUGUGUUGGAAAUUUACGUCAUCGCGGUUCUUACCUCUGUUUUUGUUUUGUACCACCGAACACAGACUUGACUUUUGUUGGUUUAUCUUCUUGUCCGGAUAUUUUGGUAUGUUAAUCGCAAUCAAUAAUCAUGUGCUAAUUAAAAAAACGUUUCUCUACUUCACUCGCAUUUUAAUUAAAACUUAAAAAGCGCUGUUUAAUACACACGCAUCACAUUCUUAUCUUCAACAAUUAUGACGUUCCAGUUAAACUUUUUCUUUUUCUAUAGUUAAUUAAUACCGUAGCAUACUACAUCUAUUAUCUUUAUGUCAUAUUUUGAUUUGACACAUUGUUAAUUAAGUGGUUAAAAAAAUAAAAGAUUUUGAAAGUAAAAGAUGUUGAGUUAAAUAAGUAGAAUGCUGUAAAUUACAUACCGAGUAUUUCUUUUCAAAAUAAGAAAUUGUGUCACAUAAGAAACUAGGACUGGUAAUAUGUUACAAAGAGAAUAAUAAAACCCUUUUUUGGCCGUCUCGAUUUUGGACGAAGAGAGUACACAUAUAACAUCACAAUCAAAUUUAUUUCUGAUAAUCUUAUUUGAUUACUUUUCAAAUUACUUUAAUUACUCAAUCUACCUUAUUUAAUUACUUUUCAAAUAAAUUUGUCAUUAAAAUCAGUAGUUAAUCUUAUUUGUGUUAACAUUUCAUUUUGAGAAAAAAUUAGAUGUUAGGAAGUAUUUACGUAACAAUCAAGGUAUCCAUCAAAAUGAUUAUACUCUGUAUUUGUUGAAUAGAUGAAUUUGAUGAAAUUUAUUUGCAAAAAUUAUACAUCCUCAGCAGAAAAGGUGUAAAAGUAUGAAAUCGAAGAUAAAAUGUAGAUAAAAUAAGGGCAGUUGAGUAUUUUAUAAAGGGUAAACUUACCAAACAUGGAAGUGUACGGAACUUUUAAAUACAACCCUAAAGAAAGCGUAGAGAAUUUUUAAAUAAGAAGGGCAUAUUGAAAAUAUUCUUUCCCUCUCAUUGGACUUUUUCAAGUUUCUUUUUUUGUUUGUCUCCAAGACCUCAAAUUGUUUGUCACUUAUCUUUUAAAACAAAGAAUUUGUGGUUCUAUUCAUUUCUUUUUUCUAUGCACAAAACACAGCCAUAUGAUUUUUACUGUUCUAAUUAUUUCCAUCAACUGUGAAAAUUUGAGUGAGAUGAAGGUACUCCUUCCGUCCCUAAAUUAUCUUCAAACUUUCCUUUUUCGUCCGUCCCAAAAUUAUCUCCUCUUCCCCCUUUUAGCAAAAAAUUUGUGGUUCACAACCAUUCUUACACAUUCUUACACAUUUCUCUCUCUUCUGCACAACUCUCCACCACACAAAUCCCACUAUCUUAAUAAAUGUGCCCAGCCAAAAAAGGAGAAAGAUUAGGGACGGAGGGAGUAAUACUUUCUCCGUUCCUUUAGACUUAGUCAACAUUUCUUUUUUUGGAUGUCUCACUAAUUUUGCUGUUUUUCAUUUAAGUAAAGAUUUUGUGGUUCCAUUUAAUUCUCCAUGAUCUCUACAAAGCUCAAAUACACCAUUUUUACUUUAUUAAUUUCCGUAUCGGUUAAACAUGACAAAAUUGUAAGGAACAAUAUUUUAGUAAUAAAAUGUAUUGAAAAACAAACUCUAAUAGUUACUCAUUUUGAUUCUUAUUGCAUAUUCCUUGAUACACUUCUAAACCAUAAGUGAGAUGACUACACAUUGUUGUACUAGUAGGCUCAUAAAUAAGAUGAAACUUUGUAUACUCUAUAUUAAAAAAAAGGAUGACACCCCAACCCUGAUCGGACGGUAUGUUGAGAGUUAUGUUGGGAGUAUGUAAAUUGGACUAUACUCACAAUCUGACAGAUAAAGAAUGAGACUCUGUCUCCAGUACUUGGACAGGCUAUAUGCAUUUUAGCAUAGUAACCUUAUAUCGCAUCCGACUCAGCUACCCACUAGUAACUUUGUCUAUUUAUAAAAACGGAAACUGCAAGGGAGAGUGGAACUACGGAGAAGAACUAUUCAAAAAAAAAAGAGCAGCAUUUUGACAGCUGCUUUCAAAUCAGGCUUUUAUGAUGAUUGAUUGAAUGAUGACAUUCCACCAUCUGUUAAUAACACCAGUGAUCCUAUCCUACUCUCGCUUAAAAUAAAAAAGCAGCAAUCUCUGCUCUUUCUUCCCUUGAUUUGAUCCGAUCGGCCGCCAUUCUGUUCAAGUUCUGGAGAGUACCCAGUUUUGUUGCCUUGUGCGCCAUUUACGAAAUUAAUUACCCCGUACCCUUUUUGUCUAAUCCGAAAUUAUUGUUUCUUUACAGUACUACUGCCACCGCUCAUUUCUUACUUUCCUUCUUUGCUCUUUUGAAUUGUUUUAAUAUUUCUGCACAUUUUCUUUUUUUUAAUAAGUUUAUUUGAAAAAUUACUCAAAUUGCUUGAGUUUAAAAAUAAAAACAUUCUUCAAUUUUCUUAAAAAAUGUUUAUACUUUCACUUUUAUUACAUUUACUUGUUUUACUUUUUACAAAUUACUCUUUUAUACUUUUCUGUUACUAUGUUCUUCUUAAUAUAUUUUUCCCAUUUUUUUCAUUUACCAGAAACCCUCUAAUAUUCCUUUAUUGUUUUACUUUUAAUGAUGUUUUUAUUUGGACUGUUUUCAAUCCCAGAGUAGACUUUUAUAUUUAUAAUAAAAUACACAAAAACCCGACAUUUGCCAGACCAGAUCAACAAAUUUCGAUCCAGGUAAAAUACUUGAAUGUAGCAAGUAUGUGCUGAGCAAUUUCUCUCUUUUGGAUAGUGACUUAGAGACGGAAGGAAUAUGAAUAAUAUUUGAUCAAAGUAAAAUACUCCCCCCCUCUCUGAAUAAUUUUCCAAAUUUCGUUUUUUGUCAUUUUCGAAAUUAUUCUCUGAAUAAUCUCUCUUUGGGAAAUCAUUUGUUGUUCACUAUAACUCUUUAUCACAUAAUACUCGCUAUUUUAACCUGUGCGAAAUGUAUUUUGGAAGAUAACAUAGAGAUGAGGGAUGAGUGCAUAAUUGACAUAAUACUCGCUAUUUUAACCCGUGCCAAAUCUAUUUUGGAAGAUAACAUAGAGAUGAGGGAUGAGUGCAUAAUUGAUACGAUUUGCACCCCCUCUGAACUUGUAAAGGGUACUAUCAUAGUCCGUACAAUUUAUUUUUGGUUAAAAUUGCAUGAAUUAAAACAUAGUGUAUGAUGCAUUGGUAAAAAAAAAGUUGUAAGUAUGAUGCAUUGGUGAGAAUAUACUUCACUACGUAUGUAAGUAGCCCUAGACUAAAGAGAUUUGUCCAAAAGUUAUACAGUGGUGGGAUAUAAUAAAAGACCUUGCGCGGCCUAGCUAUACGGCAGUACAACCCUUUGCUGAGCUUGUCUAGUGUGUGUACGUAAAUCAGAUUUUGCUUUAUAUUCAACUUUUGCUUUUGCCCUUUUUCUCCCGAAAGGGGGGCCAUAGUUCUCAUUAGGUUUGACCAUAGUCCAGUCGUUUUCCCAUGAUAAUACAGUGUAGUAUGUACGUACGUCUCCUUUCAACUCAUCUUUUGUACGUACUCUAUUGUUUUAAUAUACAACAAAAACCCAAAUUUAAAGUCUAGCUUUGUGCACUGUGGAGUAUUUUGGCUUCAUGAGUGCAGUCCUUCCAAUGUUUUGAAAUGGAAAAUAUGCAUGUAAAUUUAGGCUGGGGACUAUGAAAACAAAGGACUCAAGUAGUUGACUAAUAUGGAGUAUAUUGUUUUGCCAAUGGGUGCAAGUCAUUUGUUCAAAUUUAUUCAAUUUCCAGCUCUCUAUAUCCUUUCUUACUCGUUUCAACCACAGAAUGUGUAUUUGGGUGGUUAUGACAAGGAGGACAAGGCGGCAAGGUCAUAUGAUUUGGCUGCACUGAAGUACUGGGGCCCCACAGCCACCACUAACUUCCCGAUUUCAAAUUAUAGCAAAGAAUUGGAAGACAUGAAGCAUAUGACUAAGCAAGAGUUCAUUGCUUCAUUAAGAAGGAAAAGUAGCGGAUUCUCCCGGGGAGCAUCUAUUUACCGCGGUGUGACAAGGCAUCAUCAGCAAGGGCGUUGGCAAGCAAGAAUUGGUCGUGUUGCUGGGAACAAAGAUCUCUACCUCGGAACUUUUGCAACCGAGGAAGAAGCUGCUGAAGCAUAUGACAUUGCCGCAAUAAAGUUCAGGGGCAUGAAUGCAGUAACCAAUUUUGAAAUGAGCCGAUAUGAUGUUGAAGCCAUAAUGAAGAGUGCCCUUCCUGUCGGCGGGGCUGCAAAGCGUCUUAAGCUAUCUCUGGAAUCUGAACAGAAACCGCUUCCCCUUGUAGGCAGCAACCACCACCAGAACCAAAGCGGCAUAAGUUUCGGUGCCAUUCCGCCCGUUUCUGCCAUUCCAUGUGGUGUUCCAUUUGAUCCGACAACUUCCUUUUACCAUCACCAUGCUGGCUUGUUUCAUCACCUCCACCCUGGUGGCAGUGCUGACAUGUCAAGCGAUGUCUCUGCUAUCCCGUUUCAGAACCCGCCAGCUGAAUUCUUCAUUUGGCCCCACCAGUCGUAUUAGCUGUUAUUUUUAUGAAAAUUUGAGAAAAACUGAUAGAUAGUCUGACCCGUUUUAACCCUGGCUGGCUUGGAAGUGAAGGGAUUUAUUUAAGGAUGAAAAGCUUUUUGGUUUUCUCGGUGGAAAAGCUGUAUAAUCUUUGUAAGAACCUGCUCUCUCUUCAGCUUAAGUAACUAAGUAAGCAGAUAGAUGCUUUGGAGAGCUCAAUGUGGAACUUUUUGUUGUUUUUUCUUAUCUAGGAUAACAUUCAUAUGAAGUUCUCCCUUUUCCCUUUCAGAAAAUCGAAUUUUUACAGCAACAAAAACUUGCUGUCCGAAAUGAUAAAAACUGUUGGUCGGCUGUUGAUCGGCUGAAAUGCCAGG